AUGCCUUCAACACCCCAACCACUCUUCCCGGAUCUUCCCCCCGAACUCCGCAACGAAAUCUACACCUACCUCUCUUCCCCAAGCCCAGAUUCUCAAACUCUAAAUUCGCACCUCCCCCUCCCCCUCAAAACCUUCACCUGCAAACACACAACCAUGCACCUCUGCCCCACCCACCACGGCUCCACCAGCCUGCUCUCCCUGUCCUCCCCAGAAGCCCACGAAUACGGCUCGUGGCUCCUCAACAACGGAAUCGCCCUCCACAUAACCAUUCACUUCAAAGGCCGCGUAAACACCUUUACGCUCCCUCACUGGUCCAAAAAGAUAUCCACUCACUUGCAAAAACUGGCGCGCCGUCACCCUUGGUUGGCCAAAGUGGCACGGUACGAGAUAGAUGUGAUGUGGGAUCCGCUCGACGGCGCACUCCAGAGUCGACACCAGAAACAGCGGGCAGCGCAUGUACCGCUGGAUAUGGCUGAGGCGCUUACGCAGCUUAUGCAGAGGGAUGUUGGGGCUAAGCAGGGGAGUGUGGUGCUACGGGUGCAUUUUGAGCAGAGAUUUGCGGUGCUGAACGCGCUUGCGGCGAGGAAGUUUGGGGUUGGGGUUUUUCUGAGGGAUGGAGAGAGGUUGAGGGGAUUUAGGAGAGUGGUGAGGGAGGUGCGGAUAGUGCCGUCCAAGGUUGGACUGGAGAGGGACAUGGGAGAUGCGCCUGCGCCUGGGUUGCGGGUUGUGCCAUCGGCGGGACAGGAGGAGGAGGCGCUCAUGGUUGUGGAGGAGGGGGUGAUGAAGUUGUCGGAGCGGACGCGGGGGCAGAUGGUUGUGAGGAGGAGGACGAGCGGUGUGGCGGAUGGAGUGUGGGAGUAUGGGAGGGGGGAGAUGGAAUUUCCCGUUUGUCAGAUAUUGGAAGAGUGUAUGGAGUGA